AUGGCACCACAUGGAGAGGCCAUUGUCAGGAACUCUUCCAAUACCGUAAACUUGUGCAAUCCCACGAAGAGCACUAACCUGCAAAGAACAAUAUCUGACAUAUCUUUCGAGCUAAGCAAAGAGGCUGCAGACUUGCAAAGUCUACCACCGAUUUCUGAAAUUGAAGAUGCGAAAUGCGAAUGCUGUGGCAUGACCGAAGAAUGCACUCCUGGGUAUGUUGGCCAAGUACGUGAUAAGUUCUCCGGGAAGUGGAUUUGUGGGCUUUGCUCUGAAGCAGUUAAAGAAGAAACUGAUAAAAAUGGUGGAAAUAGAGAGGAAGCGUUGAAUUCUCAUAUGCAUGCAUGCGUUAGGUUUAACAAAUAUGGGAGGGCUUAUCCAAUUCUUUAUCAAGCUGAAGCCAUGAGAGAAAUCUUGAAGAAGAGACAAGUUAGAAGCAAAUCCAUGGGUGCUAGAGAUAAUGCUGCUGCAACAAAGAAGGGAGGAAUUCUUAGGAGUUCAAGCUGCAUCCCUGCCAUUACUAGAGAUAUGAGUGAUCUUACAAUGGAAAAUUAG